AUGGCUUCUGGAGAACAGAAUUCCCGUGCUCAAUUCACUCUGUCUACUAGCAGUGACAGCGAGUACUACGACCAAACAAUUGCCUUAUCCCAAGCGUUGAUCAAUGCGAGCUUCCGUCAUCUAUUUGAGACUACUGAAGGCGUUGCCAGAAUUGCCCAUUCUGAUGAUGUUGCAGGAGACCGAAUAUUUGGCGAACUUGAUGCGCCGACCCUUAUGUUAAUUGCUCAUACUGAUGAUGAGAAUCUAGCUUACUAUCAGCUUCGUAUCAAGUCAGCUGAGGUUGUCUUUCGCAACGGUCAGACGCGAAGUCUUUCUCAAUGGGUUCUAACCGUCAAAGUCAACUUGGGUGAAGUCUCUUUAGAGAUCCAGCCAUCAGAUGAUGAAGAAACACGAAGGAACAAGGAGUACUGGAAACAAGACAUCACAAGAAGGUAUCCCGGCUUCAUGAUCGGGGAUUAUCGCGUUCAGCGUAUCUUUGCCAAUUUUUCCGGUACAUUCACCCUCUGUCCACAAUUCAUAUGA